AUGUGCGGAUCGGGCGGCCGCGCGGCGCAGCAGCCUCGAGCACUGCACCAGGAGACUCUGGCUCAGGCGUUCCCGCUGCUCUCUCGGGCCCCGCACUAGGUCCCAGAGGAGGCAGGAGCUGCCGGAGAAGCCUUUGCAGCGUGAGAACCACCUGUAGCCGGGUUCCCCCGGGCCUCUUCCAGCCCCCGUGGCCUUAGCCCUAACUUUACUCGUUGGUGGCUUUUUUUCCCCUUCUGCAAACAAUUCCUGAAACUCCACUCAACAAAGAAAAGGAAAGGGAAGACGCGCACGUGCUGCGCCCCUUCCCCCCUCCCCUCGGGAGCCCCGAGCUGCUGUUAUGGCCACUCAGGUGCUUGGUCAGACUGGAGGCAACGGGCUUUUCACCGGGAAUGCCAACAUCGUCAUGGCAUUGCCUAACGACAUGUACGACUUACAUGACCUCUCCAAAGCUGAGCUGGCAGCACCUCAGCUGAUUAUGUUGGCAAAUGUGGCCUUGACUGGAGAAGUGAAUGGUGGUUGCUGUGACUACAUGGUUGGAGAAGAAAGACAAAUGGCAGAGUUGACCACAGUGGGAGACAACAACUUCUCAGACAGUGAUGGGGAGGGACUUGAAGGAGCUCCUGGAAUAGAAAGUGAGUCAAAUAGAUCUGAAAACAUGGAAUUGGGGUCUUUGGAAAUCAUCGUUGUUGACCCUCAGACUGUGUAUGAAUCAUCUGUUCCAGAGACUUUUAGUUCAGAAAAAGACCCUCCUUCAGAGACACCUUAUCAGCCAGAAACCCCUGAGGACAAAUGCAAGAGCUUGAAGAGCAAGCCUUUUCGCUGCAAACCUUGUCAGUAUGAAGCAGAGUCUGAAGAAGAAUUUGUGCAUCACAUCAGAGUCCACAGUGCCAAUAAGUUUUUUGCAGAGGAAAAUGCAGAGAAACAAGCACAACAGGCACAGACCAAGGAGUCGGAGUCUUCUGUUGCUGAAGAAGCGGAUUUUUCCAAGGGGCCUAUCCGAUGUGACCGUUGCGGCUAUAAUACUAACAGAUAUGAUCACUAUUUGGCUCACUUGAAGCACCACAACAAAGCAGGCGAGAAUGAGAGGGUCUAUAAGUGCAUGUUGUGUACGUAUACCACCGUAAGUGAAUAUCACUGGAAGAAACACUUGCGAAAUCAUUUUCCUAAGAAAGUGUAUACCUGCUCACAGUGCUCCUACUUUUCAGACAGAAAAAACAAUUAUAUUCAACAUAUUCGAACACAUACUGGUGAACGCCCAUAUCAGUGUGCUAUGUGUCCCUAUUCCAGCUCACAGAAGACACAUUUAACUAGACAUAUGCGUACUCAUUCAGGUGAAAAACCAUUUAAAUGUGAUCAGUGCAGUUAUGUGGCCUCUAAUCAGCAUGAAGUAACCCGACAUGCAAGGCAGGUUCACAAUGGGCCAAAGCCACUGACCUGCCCGCAUUGCGACUACAAAACAGCUGAUCGUAGUAACUUCAAAAAGCAUGUAGAACUCCAUGUGAACCCACGACAGUUCCUUUGCCCUGUAUGUGAUUAUGCUGCUUCCAAGAAGUGUAAUCUGCAGUAUCAUAUCAAGUCCAGGCAUUCUGACUGUUGUGAUAUUGCCAUGGAUGUUUCCAAAGUGAAACUAAAAAAAUCCAAAAAGAGUGAGGCAGACAAUUGCGGUUCUGAUAGUGUAACCAGUGAAAAAACUGAAAAAGAACAAACAAAAACAAAGGGAGAUGUGGUGGAAAAGAUGAAUGAUAGGAAUGUAAAAGUUGAGAAAAAAGAAAAAGAAAAUGCCUCAAAAGAGAAAAAGCCAUGCAGUGUGGUCUCCUUAGGCCAAGUGACCACGCGAAAUCGUAAGUUGGCAACAGAGUCAAAGGAGAUGGAUGUCAAAGCAGGGAAAGGUUCAGAAAAAUCAUGUAAAAACAAGAAACUUAAAAGAAAGAUGGAAAGUGCAGCAGCUUUAAAUAGUAACCCAAUGAAUGAGACAGAACCUGUGGUGAAAAAGAAAAAGAAAGUAGAAAGCAGAUCCCGAAAGAGCCAGGAAGCUGGAAAAGAUGAAGUCAGAGUGGAAGAGCAUAAAAGACAGAAACCUGGCCUGAAGAAAAACAAAAAAAAGAAAGCUUUGAAAGGUAAACAUGGUAAAAAACCCACCAAGUCCAUUCAGGUAAAGUCGACUCAAAAUGAGCUGGCCCCUGAAAAAUGUCCUCCUCCUCCUUCUCCUCUAGCUGCUUCUCUUCCUUCUCCCCCUCCUCUUCAAGAGGAUCCAAAGGAAAAAUCUGACAGCUCUAGGGAAGAACCACAGAAAGAGGAAGUCCUUGUGGAAGAUGCCUUAGUGCGUGUUAGUAGCCCAAUAACUGAAGAAAGGUCAGACACUCAGAACUGUCUGUCAAUACCAGCGUCAGCACCAGAGUCAGCAUUGGCACCACCAGUGCCAGAGGCAGUGCCUGUGGCAGCACCUGCACCUGUACUAGCACCUGUGCCUGUACCUGUACCUGCACCUGCACCUGCACCACCAGCUGAAAAUGGAGAGAAUGUGGAAAUGAAAGACCAAGAAAUGAUCCUUGAACAGAAGGAAGAAGACAAAGAAACUGCUCUUCAGAAAGCUAUAAAUGAAGAGCCAAAUAAGAGUCAAUCUGGUUCUACCCAGGAAUCACUUCGUCCAUCAUCUUGUGAGCCAGAGGAGGAUCUUCCCGAUAAAGAGCAUCAGACUGACAUAGUGUGUGAAAUGGAAACUGAAACAAGUCCAACCCCAGCCGAGCAUCUGGCUGAUAAAGACUUGACAGCUGAAGAGCCCCCUUCACUGCCAGAGUCGCCCUUGCCAGAGUCCCCACUGUUACCAGAACAUGAGUUGCCUGCUCCUCCACCACCAGCAGAGCAGUGUGAGCCAGCUUCCCCGACGGUGCCAGUGCCCUCCUCAGCUCCUACUGCUGCAAAUGAGUCUCAGGAGAUUGAUGAAGAUGAGGGCAUCCAUAGUCAUGAUGGAAGCGACCUGAGUGACAACAUGUCAGAGGGCAGUGAUGACUCUGGGUUGAAUGGUGCUCGAUCUGUGCAGGAAGAAACCAGCAGAAAAGCUUCGCAGGAAGAAGGAUCAGCAGCAGUUGAAGCAGCAAACUUUGUUUGCAUUUUCUGUGAUAGAUCUUUUAGAAAGGAAGGAGAAUAUAGCAAACACCUCAAUCGACAUUUAGUCAAUGUCUACUAUCUUGAAGAAGCAACUAAGGAAUUAGAGUAACUGAACUCCUUAUGAACAAGACUGUAAUUCUUUUAUAAGAUCUAUUAUGUUUUGCGAAUAAUUAUUCUAGUAGACAGUUCCCUUUUAAGUUUGGAGUAGUGUCUGAUGAUUUCAGGUAGAUACUUUUUCUCUUACCACCUUUCUUGUAUAACAAUAGUUUGUUAAUCUCUUGCAUGCCCUAGUGAAUCCAAGGAAUUGGAUUUCUCUUUUCUACUAAACUAGCACUAGUGAAAGACUAUUAGCCUUUGCAUAAAUUAUUUUUAAAUGAGAUUUAGAAAACCAAGAUUAUACACAGAUGUUCUGUUGAUCAUAUAGUUAGCAGUAGUCAGUGUUUUUCCCAUUUCUCAUUAAUAGUUUUACCUAAAAUACAUUUUUGGUUUCUUGUUUAGUUAGGUAUAAAUCAGCAUAUUGGUAGCAAAUUACUCAAUGGUUUUCUUUGAGGAAUCUGAUGUCUCUUUCAGAAAAUUAGCACUUUGAACAACAACAAAAAAGCCACGGUGUGGUUAAAGAAAUGAACAGUCAUAAUUUUUUUAAAAAUGGGGUUUUUUUUGUUUUUCCCUAAAAUGGACAGUAAAUUACGUCCACAUUUAUUGGUCUUUUUUUUUGGAAUUUUGAUGAAAACUUCUGAUUUAUAUGAGUCAAUCUUCAUAAAUAUUAUAACAAUGGUUUUAAUUGUGGGAAGUAAAGGGGAGUGUUAUUUUUUAUUUUUGGUGGUGCUUUAAUGGCUUAAAAUGUUGCACAUUGUGUUUUUUGAUUUUUUUUUUCCUUUUUUACCUAUGCAUUGUAAUCUUUUAGAAAUAGCAUUUUUUGCUGUACAGGAACACUUUAUAUAUGUGUGUGUAUGUGUGUGUAUAUAUGUGUGUAUGUGUGUAUAUAU